GCCGUCAUCUUUCAGAGAGAAACACGAGCUGCCCCUUAGACCGCUUUAACCAGCAGGGCCCGCAGAAGUAAAUCUGGACAGAGGGAAUUACGCAUUUGACGCCAAACUGCAAACAAGGGCCGACGCUGUUCUGGAAACUCUUUUUAUUCGAUUUAAAAAAAAAAUCUUAGAGCAUAAAGUAGGCGUUUGAAAGGUUAUUAGUCACACCGCUAAUUAAUAUGUGUAAUUUUGAAGGGGCCAGUGAGCGGCGAGGAGCGGAACUGUGCCUUCACAGAGCGCCGUUUAUCAGCCGUUUAUUACCUGCAGCGAUAACGCGCUCACUUUAAGCUGCCUUCAAAGAGCUUUCAAAUCAGCGGGCAGAUAAACGCCUGUGACGCGCUCCCUGUCCGCUGGCCCUCCAUCUCUGCCUUGAUCCUCGCUGGUGUUCUCCUAAUGCCAGUCUAAAUUGUUGAGAUUUUUCCGCAAUUUUUACAGCCGAAGAGAGCAAAAAAACUAAAAAAAAUCUUAAAUAUAAAAACUAAAAAAUAUUACUUUCUCCAGAGCGUUUAAUUAAAGGUUCUCCUUCUGCCUCGAAGCUAAAAAAAAUAUCUCCCUAAACAUCACAUCAGGAAUGAUCCUGCGCUUUGUGGGUUUAGAAGAAGGGGCGUCGUGCCGUGAGCGCUGACCUUUGAGUCUGAGCCGAGAAGUUCAUCGAGUCUUUUGUGUUUUGUGUCCUGCGUAAGCCGGAGCUACUGUCCAACCAUGAGGGGCAGCUCUCAUGUCCUGCCUCUUGGUGUGAUCGCGGCUCUGAUGCUGUCUCAGGUCUGCUCUGGCAUCAAAUGGCUAGCGCUGUCUCAUACUCCCGCAUCAUUACACAUCAACCAGACCCAGCACUGUAAGCAACUGCCCGGCAUGGUGUCCUCCCAAGCUCAGCUGUGUCGCAGCAACCUGGAACUCAUGCAGACCAUCAUCCAAGCUGCUCGAGAAGUCAAGAAGACGUGUCAGAAGACUUUCGCCGACAUGCGCUGGAACUGCUCCUCCAUUGACAUACCCAUCGAUGCCCCGAAGUACCGACCAGACCUCGACCGAGGAACAAGGGAGGCUGCGUUCGUCUACGCCCUGUCUGCGGCUACCAUCAGCCACACCAUAGCGCGGGCAUGCACCACUGGAGAUCUGCGGCUUUGCUCGUGUGGUCCCGUCCCGGCUGAGAUUCCAGAGCCCGGCUAUCGCUGGGGCGGCUGUGGUGACAACCUGCACUACGGUUUGAUUAUGGGCUCCAAAUUCUCUGAUGCUCCCAUGAAGAUGAAGCGCUCAAGCUCUCACGCCAACAAACUGAUGCACCUACACAACAGUGAAGUUGGCAGACAGGUACUGAGAGAGUCAGUAGUGAUGAAGUGUAAGUGCCACGGUGUGUCUGGAUCCUGCUCUAUAAGGACCUGCUGGAAAGGACUGCAAGACCUUAGGGAUAUCGCCAUGGACCUUAAGACCAAGUACCUGUCUGCCACCAAAGUGGUUCACCGGCCCAUGGGGACACGUAAGCAGCUGGUGCCCAAAGACAUUGACAUCAGGCCGGUGAGGGACAAUGAGCUCGUCUACCUGCAGAGCUCUCCGGACUUCUGCUCCAGGAAUGAAAAACAGGGCUCUGUUGGAACGCAGGGCAGGCAGUGCAACAAAACCUCGUCAGGCAGUGACAGCUGUGACCUGAUGUGCUGCGGCCGUGGCUACAACGCGUACACAGAGAAGCUGGUGGAGCGUUGCCACUGCAAGUAUCACUGGUGCUGCUACGUAACCUGCAAGAUGUGCGAGCGCAACGUGGAGAGAUACGUCUGCAAAUGAGUCCACCAACCUGCCGGCCCGACCAGCAGCCAGCCGGCCGAGGCUUCCGAUUAACCAAAGCACUAAAAAUACAGAGAAGGCUUACUUCUGUCUUAAGCUUUAGCACGCGUCUCUCAGUGAGAAGCGGUCCCUUCUUGUGUCAGUGUCAUUUUUGUUUCCCACCAAAAUCCCCGAACUACCAACUGGGCUUCUGAGCUUUUGCGCUUCACAAACCUGGAGUGUGGAGACAGUGCCAGUCAGUUCAUGCGAAGACCGCCGUCCUCCUGGGUAAUUUCUUUCUCUUAUUAAUGAUUAUAAAUCCCCCAAACAGGGCUACUGGGUCUGAGUCUAUUUCAUUCUAUCUCUAAUAAAAAGAAACAAUAUUGGAUUCGAUGCUGGAGGAGAGAACGUCGCCUUCUCUCCCGACUAGACAAAGGCUUACGUUUGGCUUUAAUCCACAGAAGUCGAAGGGUUCCCGUGGAUCCAUCCUUUUUUAGGUACUUUUCCAACUUGUUUCCUCUUCAGCAAUGGACUACAGAGGAAGAAAAGCAACAUAAAGGGAACUUGAGCAUUUUUCAUUCACGGAACCUAUCUGCAGUUGAUGUUUUGGACUCACGGCAUGUAUCCCGUGUGGAUCGUGACAUGGAUGCAUCCCUGUGGAUUGAGAGGACUUUCUGAAAUGGUGCAUUAUCUCAUUUUUGUCUGACAUGCAGGCAAUUCAAAAUAUAUUCUAUUUUUCAGAGCAUAUGAGCUGAACUCAUGGAUUUUUGUAAACCACUUUUGUGUGGAUGUACAUACUGUUAUUUUGUAUACUGAAAUAAAGAAAGAAGUAUUUAUAAAAUAAUUAAAUGAUCUUCACUAUCAUCUUUACUUGGA